GUGCAUCACUAGUCGUAACGGCGCCGAUCUUUCAAGGUCGCACCAUCAACGCAUGGCCGAGCCAUCGCCCGAAGCGCAAGUGGAGCUCGACACGGCCAAGCCAGGAGACGGCGUCAACUUUCCAAGGCCGGGCGACACGGUCCGCAUUCACUACAGCGCCAAGCUGCCCGACGGGACUCUCUUUGACUCGACGCGCAACCGAGGUCGGACUUACGAGUUCCAGGUUGGCGCAAAUCAAGUCAUUCGAGGCCUUGACAGUGCCAUCGUGCGCAUGAGCAAGGGACAAAUUGCGCGCCUGCGCAUUCCGCCGUCGAUGGGGUACGGGGAGCACGGGUACCCCCCCGUGGUGCCCCCCAACACGGAAUUGUUUUACGAAGUCGAGCUCAUUGUCUUUUCUUCCCUCUAAGUUAGUGUACACUCGUCGUCUAUGCUACUUGCUGCUCG